AUGAACUACGCCUACUUCGGUGAGUUGGUUUUGUCAAGAAACUGGAUCCUCUGGCUCCUUUUCGCCUACUUUAUUCUACCAUUCACGGUUUACUUAUUCGUGCCAUUCUUCAUACACCGAAAGUCGGUUUUAAACAAGAAGUCAGUAUCGAUUUUCGUGCUCGGCGACAUUGGCCACUCGCCCAGAAUGUGUUACCAUGCUAGAUCAUUUGCAAGCCUCGGGUUUGCGGUUAAUCUAUGCGGAUAUCUCGAAAGCGAGCCUCCACAAGGCAUAAUCGAGGAUGUGAACAUCGAUAUUUUUCCGAUCCAGGCGAUCCAAAACCGCCGCAACUUGCCCUACUUGUUAUUUGCCAUCACCAAGGCUGUCCUGCAAAUCUUCAGUCUAUUUGAACUUUGUUAUCUGCUCUCAGGAUCGCAGUACUACAUGGUGCAGAACCCCCCGUCAAUGCCACUCGUUGCGGUUCUCGUGAUCUUCAUAAAAUUGUUCAGCCCACGGUCCAAGCUCAUUAUAGACUGGCACAAUUUGAACUACUCGAUUUUGAACUUGCGGUUCCAGAACGUGCGCCAUCCUUUGGUGCAAUUGAUGAAAUCUUACGAGAAGUUUUUCAGCCGAUUUUCGUGGCUCAAUAUCACCGUGACUGAGCAGAUGAAACACUACUUGGCUACGGACUUUGGAGUCAAAAGCGAUAGAAUCUUAGCUUUCCAUGAUAGGCCUGGCCCGCAGUUCUCACCUCUAUCCCAAGAGAAAAUCAAGCAGGUCUUUGCAGAGCACGAGCUCUUCACUAGCGUGCCUGAAAUUGAACAGUAUAAAGUUUUGGUCACCGCCACGUCAUUCACACCCGAUGAAGACCUUGGAAUUUUGCUCGAGUGUUUGAAAAUUUACCAUGACUCAUCCUCUGACGCCACGCCCCCAAUUUUCGUGCUAGUCACAGGCAAGGGGCCUUUGAAAUCUCAAUUUUUGAAGUGCGUGGAGGGUCUUGGAUUUCUGAGCAGAGUGAUUGUCAAAUCUGCCUGGUUGUCUGCGGAGGAGUAUCCUCUUUUAUUGGGCGUUGCCGAUUUGGCGGUGUCGCUACAUACGUCGCUGAGCGGAAUCGAUCUCCCGAUGAAAAUCGUCGAUUUUUUCGGUGUGGGCGUACCCGUGGUCACGCUUUCGUUCCCCGCCAUCGGCGAAUUGGUAAAAGACGGCGUCAACGGGCUUGUCGUCAGCGAAAAUAUAACCAAAUCAGUACCUGGAGAUCUCUACAAACUGGUCGCCCUGAUUUUGGGAGACGACAGCCGUUUGGCCAAACUCAAGCUAGGCGCAAUGUCUGAAAGUAAGCAGCGGUGGAACGAAAACUGGAUGCAGGUGUUGGCACCUGUCGUUGAAGGAUAG